CCCCGACCGCGCUUGGUAGACGUAUUACACGGCACCGAAAAGGUUCAUACGUAGCCAUCCACGCACGUGCAAGGAGCCGGCGGGGCUCCCGCAUUUCACAGCGGACUUUGUCGAAGCCCAUUUGCCUCCAGACAAUCAUACCUAUAUCAUCAGUAACAUGGCUUCGCGUCUAGGUGGCUUAUUCUCGAGCCUCAAAGAGGACGGGAAGAACCUGUUGACCGCUAAGGCAUGGGGCUUCUCACCCAGAGAGUUCAUAGAGAUGGCUAAGCAGUAUCCAUCGAUUGUCCAGCAGCGGACCUUCAAGCUCAAGACCGCGGCGGAAAUGGAGCGCGACGCCGCACUGCGCGGAACAUUGAAGCGCACCCUGGGGCCGUUUGGCCUAACAAUGGUCGGCGUGGGCUUCAUGCUUGGAGCAGGUAUUUUCAUGGCGCCCGGCACGAUCGCGGUCGACAUGACGGGCCCCGCCGUCUGCAUCUCCUACCUCAUUGCGGCACUGUCCGCCUUCCUGUCCUGCUUCUGCUACGCCGAGUUCGCAUGCGACAUGCCCCUCGCCGGCGCCGCUUACAACUACAUUGCCGCGAGCCUGGGAGAAUUCUUUGCCUGGGUGGUGACGUCCAACCUCAUCUUCGAGUACAUCCUGGCGGACGCGGCUGUCAUCCGCGGCUUCGCACCCUACUUCGCGACCCUCAUUGGCAAGGACCCCGAUUUCUUUGUGUACACCACCGUCACCGGCGGCAAGACAUACGUGAUGGACUGGUGGGCGUUCGCCAUCACCCUGGCCAUGACGGCGUUUGUGUCCAUCGGCGCCAAGGAAUCGACCACAGCCAACACCAUCAUCACAGUGAUUCACCUUGUCGUGAUGGCGUUUAUCAUCAUCGCCGGCUUCACUCAGGCAGACAGCGCAAACUUCCACCCGUUUUUCCCGAACGACCAGCCGCAGCAGUGGAAGCAAGUGUUCAAUGGCGCCGCGAUCGCCUUCUUCAGCUUCAUUGGCUUUGACGCUGUGGCCACCGCGGCAGAGGAGGUCAAGAAGCCCUCCAAGCACAUGCCUUGGGGCAUCCUGGGCAGCAUGUCGAUAGUGACUGUCAUCUACUUCCUCAUGUGCGUGGUGCUGUGCCUGAUGGUGCCACGUGACAUGAUCAACCCGGACGCCACCUUCGCCGCCGCCUUUGUCUAUGUGGGCCUGCCUUGGGCCUCGCACAUCGUUGCCUUGGGCGCGCUGCUGGGCAUUCUGACCGGCAUCCUCAUCGGGAUCUACGCCCCCGCACGCAUCCUGACCGGCUGCUGCCGUGAGGGCAUGCUGCCGCCGGUUCUGGCGUGGAUUGGGCCCAAGCAGACCCCCUGGGUGGCCACGUGGGUGAUCGGCAUCUGUAUCGCGGUCAUUGCGCUGCUGACCGACUUUGCGGAGCUGGCCAACAUGGUGUCCAUUGGCACCUUUGUGGUGUUCUGGUUCGUGGCGGUGGCGCUGCUGUGGCGCCGCAUGCACCUGCCCGGCGGCGUCACGGGCCCGGUGCGCUGGGCCAACCAGCUGCUGCACCUGUUCGCCAUGAUCGGCUUCAGCCUGGGCUUCGUGCUGGUGUGGUGCCUGCCCGCGUACAACAUAGUGGACGGCGUGGAGGGCAAGUGGUACAACGACCAGUGGAAGUGGCUGCUGGCGAUGGCGCUGUGCUGCCUGGCGGUGCCUGUGUCCAUGUGCUUCUUUUGCCGCCCGGCCUACGUGCCCAGCGGCUUCAAAGUGCCGCUGUACCCCUUCGUGCCCUGCGGCUCCAUCUUCGUCAACACCUUCUUGCUGGGCCAGCUGGACGAGCAGUCGUACAAGCGCUUCGGGUGGUGGACGCUGGCGGUUGUGAUCGUGUACCUGGUGUACGGCAUCUUCGCGGCGCAGGCUCAGGACAACCGCCGCAUAUCUUGUCUUCCCGGCGCUGUCGCGCAGCAGGCUUGUGCCCGGCACUCGACAACACUGUGCCCCCACUUCUGACCCCUACCCCGGCCCCCAU